AUGUCUUCACUCGGUUCCACAUCGACCACCACCAGUUCAUAUCUUCAACCGGGACUACCUAGAUCAGACUCAAGUAUUAACCUACGCCUCUCUAUUGCUUCCCAAGUCAUGCUCUGCCAGAUGGGUCCUUCUUUGGCCGCUGAUGAAACAGCUGUAGUCACCACGAUAAGCGAUAGACGUAGUUGUGGCGACAACUCACAUGAGGAUUCAUCGACACAUCUUGUCCUUACGAGUAACAAUUUGACUGACCUAUCUGACAGCCACUCGACUAUUUGUGACCACGACGCUACUCACUCAAGUUCCUGUAAACCCGCAUCUGAGCCUAUAGUUACGGCACCUUUACAUCCUCCUUCGAUCACUGUUGCAGAACAUAAUACUAACCAGUUGCCCCCUUCACUAAUGCGACUCACUACGGCACCGAAGCAGAGCAUGUUUGUGCGAGCACUUUUUAGCUACGACCCGGCUACUGACUAUGGGCUGCCGAAUCGAGUAAAUCUUUUUCCAUUAUUUCUUUCUACUUUAUUUUUUUCUCUGUAA